UUAUGGGUGCAUGCAUGAGCUUCCUAUAAAUAGGGCUUCUCCUCCAUAACCCUCCACCCCACCAACCAUUGGGAUAGCAAAUCCUCCCUUAGGCGCUUUGUAGGAGAACUAAAAGAAUUCCACAACAUGGCAGUAACUCUUCUCCUUUCUCUUUUUGUGUUUGCAUUGUUUGACAGUUCUUAUGCAGGAGGAAUCGCCAUCUACUGGGGCCAAAACGGAAACGAAGGCAGCUUAGCAGAUACUUGCGCCACUGGAAGAUAUAAAUUCGUGAACGUAGCUUUCCUCUCCACGUUUGGAAAUGGUCAGAACCCAACCAUUAACCUCGCCGGUCACUGCGAUCCAACUUCCAAUGGUUGCGCCUUCCUCAGCAGCCAAAUCCAAGCUUGCCAGGGCCAAGGCCUCAAAGUGAUGCUGUCCAUCGGAGGCGGUGCAGGGAGCUACUCUCUUGCAUCCUCUGAUGACGCCAAACAGGUAGCAGAUUACCUGUGGAACAACUUCUUAGGUGGGCAGUCUCCAUCUCGCCCCCUCGGCGAUGCUGUUCUCGAUGGCAUCGACUUCGACAUCGAAGGUGGUACAACGCAGCACUGGGACGAGCUAGCGAAUUACCUCUCAGGGUAUAGUGCGCAAGGGAAGAAGGUCUACUUGACGGCGGCACCGCAGUGCCCCUACCCCGAUGCAUGGAUGGGCGGCGCCCUCAACACUGGUCGGUUCGACUACGUUUGGGUCCAGUUCUACAACAACCCUCCAUGCCAGUAUAGUUCAGGAGAUGCUUCCAACCUCAAAAGUGCAUGGAACCAGUGGACUUCUUCGCUCUCCAAAGCACAAAUUUUCUUGGGACUGCCGGCGGCUCCUCAGGCGGCGCCGAGUGGUGGCUUCAUUCCUGUCGGCGAUCUCAAGUCUCAGGUGCUUCCUGCGAUCAAGGGGUCCAGCAACUAUGGAGGAGUUAUGCUGUGGAGCAAGUAUUAUGAUGAUCUCACUGGUUACAGUUCCAGCAUUAUAAAUGAUGUUUAAAUUGCUGGUUGAUUCUACUACAUGUAAUUUGUGUCACCCCUCUCUUUUUCUGUUUUAAUUUAAACUGUGUCAUGCGCAUGUUUUUUAUUAAUAAAUAAAUAAAUAAAUAAAUAAAUAAAUGAUUUUGGCUUUC